CCUAAACUGGCAAGGGAGAAACUCGGUCCAUGAAACAGUUGUCUGGAGGGCAGAAGACAAUGGUGGCGAAUAGCUGGGUGAUCUUCGCUAUCCAACGAUGUGAUCCAGCUCCGUUCUACCUGUUUGACGAGAUAGAUGCUGCUCGGGAGUAUCCUUUCAUUAUUUCUUUGUGUUGCCUGUUUAUCCCCGCCAUAAAUGAAUUGGGUUUUUGCUUCAUAUGCCUGUUUUUUGAAACAAACAUCUCAUGCCUUCGUAUAUCUGUUUAGCUGGGUGCAUGCAUUGCCCAACUAUGCCCUCCUGUGUUCGAGUAAAUUGCAGAAAACCACCAGUUUGAGGGCUAGGUUUGCAGAAAUCACUACGUUACAGUUUCUUGGCAAAAACACCAAGUCUACCGUAAACAAUUUGCAGAAAGCACUGAUCGGCGGAUCGGGGUCAGUUAAGCUUGUUUAUGACAGGUGGGCCCUUUUUUGCGUACGUGGCACCGUCGGCCGUUAGAUGGCGUUUGACGGCGCCGUAUGACUCUGUUUGAUGGACCGGUCAAAAGACCGGUCGGUGCUGCCCCCCACUCCCCACUCUGUCUCGCUGCUCUCUCGCUCGCUCACUCCUCUGUCUUGCUCCUUUGCUUUGAUCGCCGCGCCCCCGCCGCGUCGCCAUGGUGUCCUGGAGCGAUGGGUUCGAUAGCAGCGAGCACCCCGUGGAGUACGUCAGCUCAGGUUCUGACGAUGGCAGAAUUAAGAUCCCUGAUACCACUGAAGAGUCCGAUUUCGAGGGACUUGAAACGGAGUUGCUUGUUCUCUGCAAUGAACAUGGGAAGGCCGCAGAAAGGCGUGUUGCUUUCCAAGGAAUCCACACUGGCAGGAGGUUUCUUUGCUGUGCUGAGAAGGAAGGUAGAAACUGUGGAUUAGUUGAAUGGAUAGAUCCAGCUUGUCCUAACACCCUUGAGAAUGCAUUAUCCAAGUUAUGGUUUAUGUAUGAACAAAGUAAGAGAGAUAGGACUGAGGAAAAUCUUUUGCAUUCAUUUGCUGUUCAUGACUUGACACAAGAGAAGAAGAAGCUGCAGGAGAGCUAUGAGAAGUUGGUUGAAGAUGUGAAUGGAAUUUUGGAUGCUUAGGAAAGGAGGGCAGAGGUAGAAAGGAAAGAUGUUGAAACCAACAAGCUUCAGAAGAAGUAUGACAUGGUUAAGAACCUAGCAGCUGCUCAAGCAAAUGUCAUUAGGAACAUGAAGCUCAAGCUAGCUGAAGAGAGGAAGAACUUGCAGAACCACAUUGAUGAGCUGAAGAAGACAGUUGAAGAGAGCAAUGUGAAGCUGCAGGGGGUCAAGACCAUCAUAAAUGGACAAGCAGGUGAUUGUGGAAGAGAAGAGUGGGCAAUAUCAUUUGACAUUUGCUGACCUUUUGCAGAGUGUUGUUUGGCAUUUGCUGUAAUGAUGGUAGUUUAAAUUCUAUGAACUAUGAGUACUUCUGAACUAUGGUGAUGUAAUGUAGUAAUCUUCAACUAUGAUUAUGUAUGGAUUUGAACUAAUGCUAAAUGUGGUGGUAUUUGGAGGUGCUGAAUGUGAUCUUAA